CGCGUUGGUGAAUUUGAACAAUUGUUCCCUCCCUGUCUGUUCGCUGGGGAGUGUCGAAAUCGGACGACACGUGAACGCAGCAGCGGUCCAGGCUGAGCUCAGCUCUCCUCACGGACUCGCACACUGUAUCGAUGAAGUUGUUUCAAAGAUGGCGGACUUCCUGCCGUCCCACUCCCUUUUAUCAUUAUGUUUUCCGAACUGUUUCCUAACGAGCGGGGAGGCAGAGCAGCUGCGGAGGUCCAGAGAGAUAGACAAGUGUAUCAGCCGAGAUAAGACUUACGUUAAAAGGUUAGUGAAGAUCUUACUACUCGGAGCGGGAGAGAGCGGCAAGUCCACCUUCCUCAAACAGAUGCGCAUUAUCCAUGGGGAAGACUUCGAUCAGAAGGCCAAAGAAGAGUUCAGAGCCACGAUUUUUAGCAAUGUUAUUAAAGGUGUCCGGGUGUUGGUGGACGCGCGGGAGAAGCUUCACAUCCCGUGGGGCGACCCGUCCAACCAGCAGCACGGGGAGACCAUGAUGGCGUUCGACACCCGAUCCGCCAUGGCCCACGGUCACGGCAUGGUGCAGCCCAAAGUCUUCCAGCACUACCUGCCGUCCAUCCGGGCCCUGUGGGCCGACGAGGGCAUCCAGAACGCUUACGAUCGGCGCCGGGAGUUCCAGCUGGGCGAGUCAGUCAAGUACUUCCUGGAUCAUUUGGAAAAGCUCGGAGAGUCGAACUACCUUCCCAGCCAACAGGACAUCCUGCUGGCCAGGAAGCCCACCAAGGGGAUCCACGAGUACAGCUUUGAGAUCAAGAAUGUUCCCUUCAAGAUGGUGGACGUUGGCGGUCAGCGGUCAGAGAGGCGCCGCUGGUUCGAAUGCUUCGACUCGGUCACCUCCAUCCUCUUCCUCGUCUCUUCCUCUGAGUACGAUCAGGUGCUGAUGGAGGACCGGUACACCAACCGGCUCGUGGAGUCGCUCAGCAUCUUCGAGACCAUCGUUAACAACCGGGUCUUCAGAAACCUCUCCAUCAUCCUGUUCCUCAACAAGACGGACCUGCUGGAGGAGAAGGUGAAGCAGGUCUCCAUCAGGGACUACUUCCCCGAGUUCUCGGGCGAGGCCGGCAGCCUGGCGGCCGUGCAGCGCUUCCUGGUGGAGUGCUUCCGCAGCAAGCGGCGCGACCAGCAGCAGAAGCCGCUCUACCACCACUUCACCACGGCCAUCAACACGGAGAACAUCCGGCUGGUGUUCCGCGACGUCAAGGACACCAUCCUGCACGACAACCUCAAGCAGCUGAUGCUGCAGUGAUGGAGCGGACCGGAGCGAGCGGAGGAGGGGGUGAUGCAGACAGAACCGGGUGACCCAGUGCCUUCAUGCCUACAGUAUCCCUGCACCCCACGCUAACCUCAACUCCCCUCCUGCUCCUGUUUGAACUCAGACUGAGUAUUAAAGCCACCACUACUACCCCCAACUGUGACUGAUGACAGCCAGCUGUGGCUGAGAGCCUCUGAAAGAGACCUCUGCAGUAUUCCAUCAUGUGUUGCUCUGAUGCUCUGACCAGUGUUAGUUAGUAUUAGGAAUCGUCUAAUCAUGUCAUGUCCUCUAAUCUCCGAUCGUACCGAUGAGUUCUAUUCUCCAUUCGCCGAGGGGCCCCAUCAGCUCUGGCCCUUCUGGGGCCUCCGCUCAGGGCUCAGCAGGGGCCCCCUCUCUGAUUUGAGGCGGAUCAGAACCGCCAGGACACCAGGCCUGGACACGAGGAGACUUCCUGUGCUUGGAAAGCAGAAGUCCGGCCUCGUUCAGGCUGAUGAAGUAUUUUGAUGUUUAGUGUGCAGAAGGUUUUUUUCAGGUUUCUAAGAGAUUUUCAGAGCAGCUCAGAUCAACGAUGCCAAACCGUUCCCUCCUCUAUCAGACCUUUACUUUGUUUGAACCACUUAAAGUGAUGAUGGUAAAAUACUGCGGUGGCCCAGUUUGUGUUUACUGCCUGAGAUGUUCUGAAUGGUACCGGUACCUGACCCGCCAGGCUCUUCCUCACCCUGGUUUCCAAACAAAAGGAAGUACUGCUACCUGUGUGCUGCUCCGCGGCUCCCCCUGCUGGCCGCUUCUAUUGUAUAAAAUGUAUGUAGAUCUGCCAGCCCAAUCUGCUGUGGAGGUUGUUUCUCAUGUUGGAAGGUUCUGAUCCAUUUGUUCACUCUGAACGGUUCGACUGACCUCUGUAAAUCUCUGACCCGUUCUGUUGAUUCUAGCUUUAGAGAGGAGACGUCACACUUUGCGACAGAGAGCACUCACUCUCACUCUUGACUCACAGCAGAGAGAGAGGAACCGGAUAUUUCCAAGUGUCUUCAGCGUCUUUUGGUAGCGAUAAGUGCGCUUUCCAUCCCUUAACUCUGUCUGGAAAACGUUACUGAGCUUCAUUCAGCCUUCCUGUUAUCUACUCAGUUCACCUUGAACUGCAGACAUGGAGAAAAUCCAACUUCAUGUGCCUUCCUCUGAUACGAAGGCGGCUAACGAGGAGUCCCGUUAGCCGAGUUAUGGUUGGACAGAAGGACGGGACGAACUACAGGACGACUUGAAGGGAGAGUUUUGCAGAUCUUUAGACGGAGCAGGCUGGCUAACGGCUGAGUGGUGUUCAUGUUGCAAAGCCAGACAAGAAAGUUCUGUCCGUGUCAGGGGGAGUGCGGGGGGUUUGCGUGUGUGUAAUGUGUGUAGAUGAAGCAACGCUCUGUUUACACACAGAGACACUCUGUGUCCGGCCGGCUGCUCUGUCCAGAGGAGUGUCCUCUGUCUGGACUGCUGUCUCGCCAUGCCGUCGGUGGCACCGACAGUGAGUUUCAGUAGAAGGAAGGCCGCUGUCCCGCCUGCCGUGUGUGACUCCUGGAGUCUAAGCGGAGAUGGGUUGGUUCCAGCAGAUGGCGCUAGCGCCUUGCCUGAGACGGAUGGAGGUGAGGGGCGACACCUGCUGACCCGCCAUGGUGUCACUUAUUCACUGGGAUGUUAUUUACGUAGCAACUGGAGGCCAUUCACACAGGAAGUGGAGGUCAGAGGUGAAGUGCCUCCCAUGGCCUUCAUGUAUAAAACAAUGUUCACUUCAACUGGUGUGAUAUUUUUGCUUGUUUUACAGUGUUUUUACUUUUGUAUCACAGUAACUCUGAAAAUACACACUUUGCAUGUCGCAUUCUUAGUAGGAUGAUCAUAGGUGACGCACUGCCUCCAACCCCUAUUUCCUGUUUAAAUGUUUCUCAGGUUGUGUAAAAGGUUGAAAGAAUGAUGAAAGGCUGGUUAUAUAAGCCGUUUUGGCUGUUUUCCGAUUGGACUUUGAAGACUCGCCUGAAGACUUGGCGAUGGAUGUACCUCAGCCGCUCCUUUAACAGAAGCUCACCUUGGAAAUCCUGAACUGUCCCUGUAAAUAAAGUGGCAGAUGCUGAUUCUUUUUUUUUUUUAGGUGUGGUUUGCACUAAGACAGAUGUGGGAGAGGAACAUCUGGUGCUGAUGUUUGGACUUCUCUACGCUGAGUGUGAGGAAGGCAGAUUGAGCACUCACUGAUUUGGACUCGUUUCCUGCUGUUCUGAACGAGCGGCCCGCAUAAUGAGGCAUUUUUUAACCUUAGGAUAUCUGUAACACUUUGUACCAUCAGGGUGCUGCUUCUGCAGACUGUGGGUUGUGAACGUUGUGUGUUGUGUUGGUACCGCAGAUGUGAAUCUGCUGCAGCAGCUCCUUGGAGGUCUCACUCUGACCUGUUUUUGACAGAGCAAAACGCCUGAUUGGCUCGUCACUCUGCUGACCGCCUUCUGAAGUUUUUAUUGGGCUUCAAAUCACUUUUUUUUUUUUUUUUAAGCUGGGCAUGUGAAAUUGGACCAACGGCACUUUCUCUUACAUUAGAAGUAUUUUUUUGGACUAAACUUUAUGCCUUACUUCUACAUGUCAUGCCCAUGUCUCCAUGGCAACUCUGCAACCAUUAUUAUUCUGACUAACUUUUUCUAACAACACUGAAGCCUUAUGUGAUGCAAUGUCACACUCUGAAGGGUUACUGUUCUUCCAAACCUCCAGAUGUUGCACAAUAUGUCUUACUGUCUCCGGUUGCCUUCUACCGUUUUCCUGUUGCUGGUGCUGAAAGUUGCCUCCUGGUUGGUGAACCUGACUCUUCAGACCCAUAACUACAGUUAGAGGUGCAGAGUUCUAAGUUUCUCUGCAGUCACAGAAAUGAAACACAUGUCUGAUUCCCCUCGGAGGGAAGUCAGCUUUUGCAAGGUCUAAGCUCUGACGCAGCACUACUCUAUAGAAAUGAGAGUUUUUAUGCCGCCAUCUUGUUUAAACUAUGUUAGCAACAGUUUAUUAGUCUCUUUGUCGACACACAAAAUGCCAUGUCUUUGUGUAAUGUUGUUGCCAUUUAAUAUUGUAUUUGUGCUCCCAGUUUGGGUUUGUUCUGAUAACACAGCUCUGGCUGUAAAGUCUAACUUAUAAUGUCUUAACCGCCGACACUCCUCAAUAAAUCAGCUGAUUUUUAA